AUGGGGUUGCUAUCGCUCGUGAAGCGGAGAAAUGCCGCCGCCAAAAGCGAUGCCCCGGCCGACACCGCCGACGCGCAGCCCGCCGCCCCUGCGGCCGCGGAGCAGCCGCCGCCAGCCGCCGCACCUGCUGAAGGAGCUGACGACGCGGUAGAUUUGGUGCGCAAGGCAGGCUUAGCGGCGAAGGCGGCGAAGGAAGCGGCGAAGGAGGAGGUGGGGGAGGCGGAGCACACAGUGCGCGUGCUGGGGCGCGCGUACGAGAGCGUGCACGAGGCGUACAGCAUGGGGCGCGAGCUGGGGCGCGGGCAGUACGGCGUGAUCCGCGCGUGCGUGGAGAAGGCGACGGGCGUGGCGUGGGCAUGCAAGAGCAUCAGCAAAGCGCGGCUGGCGGGCGCGCGCGAGGUGGAGGACGUGCGGCGGGAGGUGCGCGUGAUGCAGCAGCUGCGCGGCCACCCCGCCAUCGUGGCGCUGCACGCCACCUUCGAAGACCACCAGCAAGUGCAUCUGAUAAUGGAGUGCUGUGAGGGCGGGGAGCUGUUUGACCGCAUUCGCCGGCGCAAGCGCUACCCGGAGGAGGACGCGGCGGCGGUGUGUCGCACGCUGGUGGCGGUGGUGGGGCACCUGCAGCGCCACGGCCUCAUGCACCGCGACCUCAAGCCUGAAAACAUCCUGCUCGUGUCGCCCGCCUCCCACACGCACGUCAAAGUCGUCGACUUCGGCCUCGCCCUCCCCGUCAAGCCAGGGGCGCGGCUGACGGUGAUGGCGGGGAGCAGCUACUACAUGGCGCCCGAGGUGCUGGACCACUGCUACGGCGCCGAGGCGGACAUGUGGAGUGUGGGCGUCGUGCUCUUCAUCCUGCUGGCCGGUGUGCCGCCCUUCUGGGCCGACAGCGAGGCGGGCAUCUUCAGCGCCAUCCGGGCGGCGCGUGUGGACGUGUUCAGCGGGGGGUGGGCGCAUGUGUCCCCCGACGCCAAGGACCUCGUGCUGCGCCUGCUCACCCGCCACCCCGCCCGCCGCAUCACCCCCGACAAGGCCCUCUGGGCGGACCCUCUCUACCGCCUCUCUACCGCCUUCACUCCCCCCCCAACGCACAUCCACCUCCACCGUCACAGCACACCCCCCUCCCACCCGUCCCUCUGCUCUCUCCUCUUCGCCCUCGCAGCCCAUCGGUGGUUCAAGUCCGUCACUGCCGGCCCCCCAGCCUCCCCUCUGCCCAUCAAGGGCCCCCCGGCAGAUGCUCCCACGCGCGCCCUGUCAGCUGCUGGCCUGGCAGGUGUGCGUCCGGGCGGCACGCGCGGGUCCAGCACAGCGGGGGCAGGCGGAGAGAGGGCGGUGAAGGGAGGGGAGAGGGACGGUGGUGGCAGGCGAGGUGGGCAGGAAGGAGUGGCGGCGAGCAGGAGUGUGGAGGGCGCGGGCUGGCGGGAGCAGGGGAGGAGGGGGUGCGCGGACGAUGGGCGGGAGUUGGUGCGAGGCAGGGCGGGCAGCAGCGAGGGCAGCGCGGGCCGUGCAGCACGGCUGACACGGCACCGGUCGGAGGAUGUGGGGCGGCUGCUGAGAGGCGCAGGGGGGGCACGGGAGUGGCAGGGCGGCACGGUGGAGGAGGAGUGGAAGGCGAUGAGGAGAGAGGAGGGGAGAGGAGCGCGGGGCAACGACAUGGGAGGGGAAAGGGAAGGAGGCGUGGAGAUGAGGGAUGAGGAGGGAGAGAGGAGCAAAGGUUGGAACAUGAGCAGGGAGAGAGGUAGAGAGAGGGAUCGAGAAAGAAAUCGGAGUAUGGACAGGGAAUGGGAGUGGGAAAAGCGAGUGGAGAUGGAUAGAGACACAGGUAGGGAGUGGGAGUGGGAGAGGGAUAGACACAGGGGUAGGGACGAGGAGAGAGAGAGGAUCAGGGAAGAGGAGAGGGGUAGAGACAGAGUGAGCGAGGGGAAGAGGGAUAGAGACAGGUUCAGGGAGGAAGAGAGGGAUAAGGACAGUGAUGAGGAGGGGGAGAGUGAAAGGGAGAGGGUAAGGGACAGGUUCAGGGGGAGGGAUAGGGAGGGCGAUCGAGAGCGGUACCGAUUGCAAGAUGGUGGGAGGGCAUACAGGAGGAGUUUCGAGUUGGAUGAUGAAAGGGAGAAAAGAUGGAGAGAGUUGGAUAGCGGCAGGGACAGGCGCAGAGAGAGGGGGAAGGAGAGAGAGGAGAUGGGACGGGAGAAGGAUUGGAAAAAAGACGUGAAGGGGGAGAGGGUGAGAGGGAGACGAAAUGAAGGUAGUGGGGCGGAGGUAGGGCGUGGUGGGGAGCAGGGUGGAGUGGGAGUGGGGGAUGGAGGGAGGAACGGGGUGCUGUGGCGAGUGGGCAGUGGCAGCAGGCGGUUGGGGGAGAAGGCAGGCGGCGUGGGAGGGGUGGGAGGGGUAGGAGGGGUGGGGGGGGUGGGAGGGGUGGGAGGGGUGGGGGGUCUGCAGCGCCAUAAGUCGGAUGUGAGCGGCCUGCUGGCAGCGGAGCACGCCCGGGCCACCCACCACCACGCCCUCUCCCCUUCUCACCGCUCCCCCCUCUCCCCCUGUCACCGCUCCCCCCUCUCCCCCCUCUCCAGCCCCGAUUCCCCCCCUGGUGCCGGGCGCGCCCCCCGCCCGCGCCCCUCACGGCGCUCGCACGCGCGCCUCUCGUGCGACCUGGACGCACCGCAUGGCAGCGCCGCCACCACCCGGGGCGGAGCACAUGGGGGGGACGAGGUGGGGGGAGGUGGCGUGGGGGGGAGAGCAGAGAAGGAGUGGGGCAGGGCGAGCGCGCGGAGGAGAGCCAUGCAGCGGUCGCCGUCUCCCGAGCGCGAGAGGGGGGAGGGCAGUGAGGGGACAGCGCACCGACGCACUGGCAGCAGCAGCGCCGCCCACGACCCCAGCAGCGCUCGCCCCUCACGGGCGUCCCACCCCACUGGGCUGCCCCCUCCCGGCGACCACCACCGCCGCUACCGCAGCUCCGGCGACGUGCUGGCCGACCUCGCCUGCCCCGAACCCACCCCCGCCCCCCCCACCCGCACGCCCGCCUGCGCUGCGCCGCGCUCCCUGUCUGGCGGGCGCCCCCCUGACUGCCCCCCCCGCCCGGGGCUGGCCGGCAGCAGAGGCGCGGCAGGCAGGGAGGAGCAGGGCGCCGGUGACACGGGCUCGGGGCGGGAUGGUGCGGGACGAGUGGGUGAGCGCGCGCGGCACAGCAGGAGUGCGUCGGUGGGGGUGGCGGGCAUGGGGCGCAGGGAAGGGCGGAGGCAUGGCGAUGGGGAGGAGGGGGAUGAGGAGGACGAGAUUUAUGGGGAUAGGUGGGGGGAAGCAGAGGCAGAGAUGGCAGCGCGGUCGCCGGCGGCUGGGGGUGUGCGGGCAAGGAUAGAGGAAGCAGCAGCGGAUAGGCUGCUGGGCGGCGGUGCGAGUGGGGGUGGUUUGGUUCGGCACCAAUCCAUGGACGUGGCGUCGCUGCUGCACACCCGCUCUGCUGAUGACGCUGACUGCCCCUCAUCCGCUGUGCGCCGCGCCCUGUCCCCUGUGCCAAGCCUCAACACAUCCAGGCGCCGCGCCAAUCCAUCAACGUGCGGACGGGAGGAGGGAGCACCCAGGCGCCGCCACGAUGCCUCCUUGCCCACUCCCCCCCGUGCCCGCUCCCCUCUUCCACCCUCGCCCUCGCCCGGUGUGCAUGAUUGCCACUCGGCCCACUCGCCCUCGCCCACCCACAACGCCCCCUUGCAUGCGUGCCCGGCUGCCUCUCCCCCUGCCGCCACACCCCCCUCAGCGCUCGCCCCUCGGCCCCCCCAUCGCGCGCGGCGCAACAGCGUGGACCUGGAUGCGGGCGGGCGGGCUGGUGGGUGGCGCGAGGCCCAGCGAGACGCAGAGGAGGAGCACGGCAGCAGCGGAGGCAGCAGCCCGGGAGGGGGCAGUGGCUGCCGCACGAGGGGCAGCAGGAGGGGGGUGGCAGAGGGAGGUGAGAGAGGUGAGGGAGGAGAGGGAGGAGAGGGAGCGGAGCAUGACAGGUGGAGCUCUGGCCAGGCACCGAGAGCAGUGGGCAGCGCAGGGGAGCUUGGGGGGGGAGGUGGAGGACACAGGCACAUGCGCAGCAGCAGCAGCAGCAAGGUGAUGCCGUGUGUGCGUGGGUCUAAAGGCAUGGCUGGCAAGGGGGAGAGUAGAGAUGAUUCACCGCUGGGCGGAGAUGGUGGGGGCGAGUGCAGUGGGUGGGAGGGGGAGGGCUCCGAGGUGCACGGCGGGGAAGUGCUAUGGGGGCUAGGACACAGGGUGAGCGGGCGGGGCCUGAAGGCGGUUGAGGCGGCUGAUGAGAGGCAGUGGAGCAAGGGAAGUGCCGGCAGGCUGGCGCGGUACCGAUCCGUAGAUGUGUCUUCCCUUCUCCACUGA